UUCUUCUCUGCUGAAAAAAAAAAAAAAAAUGGUUGCAUCACUCACCUUCUCGAACAAAAAUCUACCGAUCCAGUUCCAAUUUCUGAAACCCUAGGUUUCUCUCUCUACUCUUCAACACAGAUUCCAUGAAUUUCUCUCUCUGAAAACCUUUCUCUUUCUCUCUCUCUCACACACACACACGAAUAUUCGAAUAUGUAUAUGGCAUACGGAUGGCCGCAGGUCAUCCCGCUAGAGUUGGCAAAUUGCGCAUCCACGCAGCAGAUCGUGUAUCUCAAAGUUGUGAAUCGCUUGCUCCUGGUUGUCUGCCCCACUCACCUCGAGCUCUGGUCUUCUUCUCAACAUAGAGUGAGAUUGGGGAAGUACAAGAGAGACGCGGAAUCGAUUCGCAGAGAAGGGGAGAAUUUGCAGGCAAUUUGGAGCCCGGACACGAAGCUUAUUGCUAUCCUUACAUCGUCCUUUUAUCUGCAUAUUUAUAAGGUUCAAUUCACGGAAAAGAAAAUACUUAUUGGCGGGAAGCAACCAACUGGUUUAUUUCUUGCGAAUGUAUCUUUACUCCUUGGAGAGCAAGUACCCUUUGCAAAUAAUAAUUUGACCGUGAGCAACUUUAUUUGUGAUAGCAAACACAUGCUUAUUGGACUCUCUGAUGGAUCACUGUAUAACAUCUCUUGGAAGGGCGAGUUUUGCGGCGCAUUUUCCCCUGCUGUAUUGCCGAAUAGCUCCAUUAUUGCUAAUAAGCUCUCCCAUCACUUGGGCAAUGGUCUGCCAUCUGUUGGCGUUCAAGCUGUAGAUGGGUCCAAUCAUGUGAACCAUGUUGUAUCUCAGAGUCGUGCAGCUGUCCAUCUUGAGUUUUCCAUUACAUUACGGCUAUUAUUUGUGCUGUUUUCUGAUGGGGAACUCAUUCAGUGUUCUGUGAGCAAGAGAGGUCUAAAGCAUGCCGAAUCCAUUUUAGUUGAAAGGAGUUUAGGCUCUGGGGAGGCUGUAUGUGCAUCGGUGGCUCCAGAGCAACAGAUUCUUGCCGUUGGAACCCGGAAAGGCACUGUUGAGCUAUAUGACCUUGCAGAUUCUGCAUCCUUUAUGCGCUCUGUAUCUUUGCAUGAUUGGGGAUAUUGUGCGGAAGAUACUGGUCCUGUCAAAUGUAUUGCUUGGACACCUGAUAACUCUUCUUUUGCAGUUGGGUGGAAGUUAAGAGGGCUUACUGUUUGGUCUAUAUCUGGUUGUCGCUUGAUGUCUACAAUCCGCCAGAUAGGUUUGAGCUCUGUUUCUUCUCCUGUGGUUAAGCCGAACCAGGAUCUCAAGUAUGAGCCUAUGAUGGGUGGCACCUCGCUUAUGCACUGGGAUGAACAUGGAUAUAGGCUUUACGCUAUUGAAGAAAGAUCUUCAGAGAGAAUUAUUGCCUUUUCUUUUGGCAAAUGCUGCCUCAAUAGAGGUGUUUCUGGUACAACCUAUGCACGCCAAGUUAUCUAUGGUGAAGACCGUUUGCUUAUUGUUCAGUCAGAAGAUACUGAUGAACUUAAGAUCUUGCAUCUUAAUCUUCCAGUCUCCUAUAUUUCUCAAAACUGGCCUGUUCUACAUGUUGCUGCCAGUAGGGACGGAAUGUAUCUGGCAGUUGCCGGGCGCCAUGGUUUAAUCUUGUACGACAUACGUCUAAAGCGAUGGAGAGUGUUUGGAGAUGUUACUCAGGAGCAACAAAUUCAGUGCCAGGGUUUGUUAUGGCUGGGUAAAAUUGUUGUUGUUUGCAACUAUGUGGACUCUUCCAACACAUAUGAAUUGCUUUUCUACCCAAGAUAUCACCUUGAUCAAAGUUCACUACUUUGUCGGAAGCAAUUGCUCACAAAGCCAAUGGUCAUGGAUGUUUAUCAGGACUAUUUGCUUGUUACUUAUCGCCCAUUUGAUGUUCAUAUAUACCAUGUGAAAUUAGCUGGCGAACUUUCACCAUCUAGUACUCCAGAUUUACAGCUUUCUACAGUACGAGAGCUUUCAAUCAUGACCGCAAAGAGCCAUCCAGCUGCAAUGCAUUUUAUUCCUGACCAGCUUCCACGGGAAUAUACAUUAAGAAGUGAUAUCUCGUCGUCUUCUGAUUUAUUAACGCGAGAACCUGCUAGAUGUUUAAUAUUGCGGAUGAAUGGGGAACUGUCGCUGCUUGAUUUGGAUGAUGGACGGGAAAUAGAGCUCACUCACUCUGUAGAGUUAUUCUGGGUUACUUGCGGUCAAUCAGAAGAGAAAACAAACUUGAUUGAGGAAGUUUCCUGGCUAGACUAUGGCCACAGAGGGAUGCAGGUUUGGUAUCCAUCUCCAGGUGUUGAUCCUUUUAAGCAGGAAGACUUCUUGCAGUUGGAUCCGGAGCUGGAAUUUGAUCGUGAGGUAUACCCACUCGGUCUACUUCCAAAUGCUGGUGUAGUAGUUGGUGUUUCCCAGAGAAUGUCAUUUUCAGCAUGUACCGAGUUCCCAUGUUUUGAGCCAUCUCCUCAAGCACAGACCAUAUUACAUUGUCUACUCCGUCAUCUUCUUCAGCGGGACAAGAGGGAAGAAGCUCUACGCCUAGCACAAUUAUCAUCGGAGAAACCACAUUUUUCUCAUUGUCUGGAAUGGCUUCUUUUUACAGUUUUUGAUGCUGAAAUUUCCAGCCAAAAUUCAAGCAAAAACCAGGCAGCAGGAGCCAAUCAUACUACAUCCCUUUUGGAGAAGACAUGUGAUCUGAUCAGAUACUUUCCUGAAUAUUACGAUGUCGUUGUUAGUGUAGCGAGGAAAACCGAUGGUCGACAUUGGGCAGAUUUAUUUUCUGCUGCUGGGAGAUCAACUGAGUUGUUUGAAGAAUGCUUUCAACGAAGAUGGUACCGCACUGCAGCCUGCUAUAUACUUGUCAUUGCGAAGCUUGAGGGUCCUGCUGUGAGCCAAUAUUUUGCCUUGCGUUUAUUGCAGGCUACGCUUGAUGAAUCUUUAUACGAACUGGCUGGAGAGCUGGUGAGGUUUCUACUAAGAUCAGGCAGAGAAUAUGAACCCACAAAUACUGAUUCUGACAGAGAUUCUCCAAGAUUUUUGGGAUAUUUUCUUUUCCCUUCCAGUUUUAGGAAGCAACCACAGGAUGCAAAAAGCAGCACCUCAUUCAAAGAGCAGAGUGCACAUGUUGCUUCUGUUAAAAGUAUUUUACAAAGCCAUGCCAGCUAUUUGAUGUCCGGAAAAGAGCUUUCAAAGCUUGUUGCAUUUGUCAAAGGCACACAAUUUGAUCUAGUGGAGUAUCUUCAACAAGAAAGAUAUGGAAGUGCUCGUUUGGAUAAUUUUGCUUCAGGGCUUGAAAUGAUUGCACAGAAGCUUCAUAUGGGAACUUUGCAAAGUCGUUUGGACGCAGAAUUCCUCCUGGCACAUAUGUGCUCAGUCAAGUUUAAAGAAUGGAUAGUAGUCUUGGCCACAUUAUUGAGGCGUUCUGAGGUUCUUUUCGAUUUGUUUAGGCACGAUUUACGACUGUGGAAAGCCUACAACAUAACCAUGCAGGCACAUCCAGCUUUUGCUGAAUACCAUGACAUGAUUGAGGAGUUGGACGAGAAGCUCUCGUCUGCUGUUGAUGCGGAAGAAUCAUGAACUAGAGGUAACUGGUUUAUUUGAAACCCCAUUUGAUCGGUUUAAUUGAGAAUUUUUAACACGAAAAGUCUCUCAAUUAUUCAUUACCAAGCUGGAAAACCUUUUGAGCUUACAGAUGAAUAUUCUCCAGAAACUGAAAUUGCAGCAAGAGUCUUUAUGAAGGUAGCAUGUAAAACCCUUAGGAAAUAUAGCCUUGCAGAAGUAAUAGUGAACCAUGUGUUUGUGCAUAAAAUAAACGUUCUAGUUUUUUUUCUCGUUUUUUUCCUUUUGUUUUCGGGAGUAAGUAUUAUCUUCUUUUCCAUUUCCGGAGAGUCCGGGAUAGAUAGGUAGAUAAAUAGAGGAAGAGGGGUGGAUGGCUAUUCGUAUGAAGGUCCAUAUUUAAUAUCGAUGACUUUAUGAUACACUAAGUUAUAUGUAGCCCGAUACCGGAGCACAUAAUUUACUUCAAAAUUGUUUCUUUUUAAUAAAUUGUAAGAAACUUUAAGAAU